AACGACACACACACACACACAAAGGAAAAGAAAUAAAAUAAAGAAAUAAGAAAUGAAAAAAAUUGCACAUUGUAAUUUAGCUAGAAAUCUUGAAAAAAAGUCUGUCAUCCUGCAAUCGAUGCUCUGGUUCCCUUUGGCGGAAUCAGGGGAUCAUUCAUCAUAAUUCUUUUCUCACCUUCUGAGAAUUUUCUCUCUCCCUCUCUUGUACAUGCACAUAUCUAAAUCUUUCUGUAUGUGUAUGUAUAUGUGUCUAUACUUGGUGAAAAGCCAAUCUUGGGACAUUUCCAAAACGGGUUCUUGUUUUGAGGGGGAAAAGAUCGAUAAAGUUUGGUUUUUUAUUUUCAUUUUCUAAAAUAUUUUAUUUUUUUCAAUCUGUUUUGGGUGAUGGGCAUGGCGGAAAAUGAAGGGAAAAUGCAGGGAUGGCUGCACUUGAUUCGUUACAAUCGUAUUGGGCUGCAGUAUUCUCGUAAAAGAUACUUCAUUCUCGAAGACGACUGCCUUAAGAGCUUCAAAUCAAUCCCCACUUCACACACAGAGGAGCCUGUGCGAAGUGCAAUAAUAGACUCCUGCAUUCGUGUUGUGGACAAUGGAAGAGAGAGCCAUCGCAGGAAAUUAUUUUUCAUCUUCACCCUAUACAAUACUGCAAAUCAUAACGAUCAGCUAAAGCUUGGGGCAACGAGCUCGGAAGAAGCAGCUAGGUGGAUCCGUGCUUUGCAGGAUGCUGCAGUUAAGACGGUAGAUUUGGUUUCUUGCUCCAAACGAAAAUAUCAGCCUUUCAGCUUGAGUAUUUCGAAAAGAAUGGCAAGAAGGUCUAUUGAUUGGACCUCGACAUCUUUAUUUCAUGUGGAUGCAAUGACCUCCGAUGUAAUAGCACCAUCACCGUGGAAAAUAUUUGGCUGUCAAAAUGCAUAUUCAGGAUUACGUCUCUUCAAAGAAGCUAAAGACAUAGACUCCAAUGUUCGGAGGUGGGACGACCAUCCAGCCAUAAUGGCUAUUGGUGUCAUCAACGGAACACCUGAAGCUGUUUUUCGUACGCUCAUGGCUAUUGAUGCCUCAAGGACAGAGUGGGAUUUUUGUUUCAACAAAGGUAGCGUGGUCGAGCACCUUGAUGGGCAUACGGAUAUAAUACACAUUCAACUAUAUAAGCAUUGCCUACCUUGGGCAAUGAAGCGUCGUGACUUGCUGCUGCGACGAUAUUGGAGGAGAGAAGACGAUGGCACAUAUGUGAUUCUCUACCAUUCAGUGGUCCAUAAAAAGUGUCAACGUCAAAAUGGAUACGUCCGUGCCUCCGUUAAAAGUGGUGGAUACGUGAUCAUUCCUAUGAAUCGAGGCAAGCAAUCUAUUAUAAAACACAUGCUUUCUGUUGAUUGGAGGUGUUGGAAAUCCUAUCUCAGAAAAGCUUAUGCGAGAUCUAUUACUAUCUGUAUGCUUGGAACAGUUGCAGCCUUAAGAGAGUUGUUCAAAGCAAAAGAAGAAUGUACAAUAGAUGUCGGUGUUCCCGAAAGUGAAGAGGUUAUCAAAACAGAGGUUUGUUGCAAAAGGAUACAAAAUGAAACAGAUGAGGCGACGCCAGUAUACAUCUCCGGGGCAUCCAGUAUCACGGGACUGAAUGACAUAGCGGAUGAAUUUUUUGACGUUCCUGAACCUUCAGACGACGAAGAAGGAUGGCCUUCAAAUACAGAUCCUGAUUCAUGUUAUGUGAACUCGUGCCAGACAAAAUUCUCAUCCACAGCAAACUUUGUGAAAAGGCUGCAGGAUCUUACAGUCCAGAAAAAGGGUUACGUCGACUUGCAAUCUGUAUCUUGGGAAGACAAUUAUUAUGGCACGACACUCCCAAAAGAUGCAAAUUUCAACACGCCUUGUAGCUGGGCGGAAGCAGAUCCUACCUCGUUUCUUGUCCGGGGCAAAACUUAUCUGCACGACCAAAAAAAGAUCAAGGCGAAUGGCACUUUGAUGCAGAUGGUUGGAGCGGAUUGGAUAACAUCUAGCAAGCGCGAGGAUGAUCUCGCUGGCAGGAGCGGUGGCAUUGUCACGAAAUACGCGGUUGAGGGGAGAUCGGAGUUCUUUUUUGUGAUUAACAUACAGGUUCCCGGCACAACCACAUGCAGUUUGGCCCUAUAUUAUAUGCUAAAGACGCCCCUAAAAGAAACGCCUUUGUUGGAGCGUUUCAUAGAUGGAGACGAUGCUUUUAGAGAUUCAAGAUUCAAGCUCAUUCCAUACAUUUCAAAGGGUUCUUGGAUCGUAAAGCAGAGCGUUGGAAGGAAGGCUUGUUUGGUAGGUCAAGCGCUUCAAAUGAACUAUUUUCGAGGAAAAAACUACUUGGAGCUUGGAAUUGACAUCGGCUCAUCAACGGUGGCGAGGGGCGUUGUAGGCCUCGUUCUUGGAUACCUCAACAAUCUUGUCAUAGAAAUGGCAUUUCUGAUACAGGGAAAUUCACCAGAGGAGCUGCCGGAGAUUUUAGUGGGGACGUGUCGACUAAACCAUCUAGAUGCAGCAAAGGCAGUUUCUAGUGAUACAAUCAGCAGCAGCAGAAGCUAAGAAUUAGAAUGCUGCUAGUUUGAAGACAUUUUACAGGUAGAUGGACACAGAUGAACACCAUAAACUCAUUCAUGUAUAGUUUAUUCUUUUUAGAGAUAAUUAAUUUAGAGUUAGAUAUAUAGUUUGUCACCAUUUAUUUGAUGGUGUGAGAAAGGGCUAGUACUAGAAUACUAGUUGAGUUGCAACAGUUUUUCAAAGAAACUAUCAUAAUUUGAGGUGUAGCGAAGAUGCUACAAAUAGUAUAUGUGAAUGAAGAAGAACUGAGAUUUUGUUCA